AUGGUCAAAGAAGUCCAGUUCAAGCCCUUCACCGACCAGAAGCCGGGUACAUCGGGACUUCGCAAGAAAGUCACUGUGUUCCAGCAACCUCACUACAGCGAAUCUUUCAUCACCUCCAUCCUCCUCUCCAUUCCCGAAGGUGCGGAAGGUGCUUUUCUCGUCAUUGGCGGUGACGGAAGAUAUUGGAACCCUGAAGUGGUCCAGCUGAUUGCCAAAAUUGGAGCUGCAUAUGGGGUGAAGAAACUUCUCAUCGGUCAGAAUGGUAUCCUCAGCACGCCGGCUGCCAGCCAUAUCAUUCGUAUCCGAAAGGCUACUGGUGGCAUCCUCCUUACUGCCAGCCACAAUCCUGGAGGUCCUCAAGCCGACUUCGGCAUGAAAUACAACCUCUCCAAUGGCGCCCCUGCCCCGGAGUCGGUGACCAACAAGAUCUUCGAAAAGUCCAAGGCCCUCGCGUCCUACAAGAUUGCAGACAUUCCAGAAGUGGAUCUCUCCACCAUAGGCACCAAGAAAUAUGGAGAUCUGGAAGUCGAGAUCAUUGAUUCGGUGGCGGACUAUGUGGCCAUGUUGAAGGACAUCUUCGACUUUGAUCUCAUUCGCUCCUUUUUCAAGUCUCAGCCUGACUUCAAGGUUCUCUUUGAUGCUCUUUCGGGAGUCACGGGUCCAUACGGGGUUGCCAUCUUCCAAGGAGAACUUGGUUUGGGACCCUCGAGUACUCAGAACUGCCAGCCCAGCCCUGAUUUCAAUGGUGGUCACCCGGAUCCGAACCUCACGUACGCUCGUUCUUUGGUGGAGAGAGUUGACGCAGAGGGAAUCCAUUUCGGUGCCGCCUCGGACGGGGAUGGUGACAGAAACAUGAUCUAUGGCAAGAACGCAUUCGUCUCACCGGGGGACUCUUUGGCCAUUAUCGCCCACUACGCAAAGAAGUAUAUUCCCUACUUCAAGAAGCAAGGCGUCUACGGUUUGGCGCGAUCCUUCCCAACCUCAGGAGCGUUGGAUUUGGUGGCCAAGAAGCAGGGAUUGUCGAUCUAUGUCGUACCUACCGGAUGGAAGUUUUUCUGCUCGCUCUUCGAUACCAACAAGAUGUCAAUUUGCGGCGAGGAAUCAUUUGGCACCGGGUCGAAUCACAUCCGGGAAAAGGAUGGCUUGUGGGCCGUGACCGCUUGGCUGAACAUCAUUGCUGGCGUGGGCCAGGAUACGGGCACGUUCCCAUCCAUUUCCGAAAUUCAAAAGGAGUUCUGGAAUGAAUAUGGCCGCGUGUACUUCACCCGCUACGACUAUGAGGAUGUCAGCAGUGUGGGCGCUGCAGACAUGGUCAAGUACCUCAGGGAAAAGAUCGCCGCGAAGGAGACUGUCGGUUCGGAGCUGCAGGGUCGCAAGGUCAUCGAGGCUGAUGACUUUGCCUACACCGAUCUCGAUGGCUCUGUGUCGAAGAAUCAGGGCAUCUACUUCAAGUUCGACGACGGGACGAGAAUUGUUGUCCGAUUGUCGGGUACAGGCAGCAGUGGUGCAACCAUCCGUCUCUAUGUUGAGAAGCUUGAGGAGGACAAGAGCAAACUGGGCGAGGACACUCAGACCUACCUGAAAGGACCAGUGGGACUCGCGAUCGAACUCUUACAACUACAGAAAUUCAUUGGCCGAACCGAGCCUGAUGUCAAGACUUAG